ACUGGACGAUAACGCCGACAUAAUUUUUCAACUUUUUGAGGAGGGAAGAACGCAUGCCGAAAUUGCCAGCACACUCCGACAGAUGGGUGUACUACGAUGCUCCGAAAUGUCAGUCAGAAGAUUCUGCAAUCGGCACCAGCUCAGACGAAAAGGACAUGUUUCCGAUGCAGAAUUGGAAGUAGCAGUAAUUUCCUCAAUUGAUAAAACAGGUCCAUCAUAUGGCCGAAAAUUUAUGACCGGAUUUUUGUCAUCACUGGGUUUAAGAGCAGGAGAAUGUCGAGUGGGAAGGGUUCUCAGAGAGGUGCACCAGCCCUAUAAUGAAAUGCGUCGGCAGGGAGCACGUAACCUGAACCCUGUUCCUUACCACGCUGAGUCAAUGGGCCACAAACUCCACAUUGACCAAAAUGAGAAGCUGGGAAUGUUUGGAGUGACUCAUGUACUGGCAAUCGAUGGAUUCAGCAGCAAAAUCGUUGCUAAUUUCACAAUGCCAGUGAAGAACAAUCUCAUUAUUUAUGAGGAAGUUUACAGGGCGGCAGUUACUAACAAUGGCAUGUGGGACCAGCUCAGAGUUGAUCAUGGCAGAGAGUUUUUCUUAACCCUUUACGUUCAAGAGAAGUUGUCUCAACACAGACACAACACCAACAGGCUACCUUACAUUCAGACAACUUCUUCUAGGAACCUACGAGUUGAAAGAAUUUGGCCAGAGGUCAAUAAUCGAGUGAACUACCCCCUAAAACAAGCUCUUGUUCACCUGCUGGAUCAAGAGUUGAUUGAUAUGGAGGAUAAUAUCAAUAAAUUUUGUAUCUCCAAUCUGUCAUGUCAAGUGAGUCAAAUUGGACUUGGCAGGGUUGUCCAGUCGUGGAAUGCACACAGAAUCCCUGGUAAGUUAUAAUAACUACACUGGCUGCUGUAGAAUCUCAAAACAAUUUUGUCGCAACUAAAAUUAUUAAUGUAUUUUAGGAAGGGGGAUA